AUGUUCUUCGAAAGAAAGAAAAUUCUCUUUUUAGCGAUCGUUUUUAUGAUUUUUUGUAUAUUGGCGGCGACGUCAGAAUUGAUAACUGAAUCAUCGCCUUUUGAAGAAGAUAAAACUGAAACCAAAAAAUAUAUCAUCACGUUCUACUCGGGAGUCUCAGAAGAAACAAUAAAUAAUGUAAAGGAGCAAGUCGUGAACUCUGGUGGAAUAAUAUAUCAAGAAUUCUUUAUUAUUAAAGGUUUCGCUGCAAAAAUGAAAGUACCUCUUGUUCAUACUUUGACCAAAGAUUUCUCCAAUAUUCUAUCUAUGGAAGAGGAUAGUGUCGGUUAG